AAUUCGCCUUUGUUCCCUGGCUGCUUACAAACUUGGAUCCGGAAUUUCUUUUCCACCGGGGGCCCUUGGUGUCGAAGUGUCUGCAAUGAACCCGGUGAAUGCUACUGCUCUCUACAUUUCCGCGAGCCGCCUAGUGCUCAACUACGACCCCGGAGACCCCAAGGCGUUUACAGAGAUUAACAGGCUCUUGCCUUACUUCCGACAGUCCCUCUCGUGCUGUGUUUGCGGACAUUUGCUUCAGGAUCCUAUUGCACCCACCAACUCCACCUGCCAACACUAUGUCUGCAAAACUUGUAAAGGCAAGAAAAUGAUGAUGAAACCUUCAUGUAGCUGGUGCAAAGACUAUGAGCAGUUUGAGGAAAACAAGCAGUUAAGCAUCCUAGUGAAUUGCUACAAGAAACUGUGUGAAUAUAUAACCCAGACGACACUGGCACGGGAUAUAAUAGAAGCAGUUGACUGUUCGUCUGAUAUUUUGGCUUUGCUUAAUGACGGAUCAUUGUUUUGUGAGGAGACAGAGAAACCUUCAGAUUCAUCCUUCACUCUGUGUUUGACACAUUCCCCUUUACCUUCAACUUCAGAACCCACAGCUGAUCCUCAAGCUAGCUUGUCUCCAAUGUCUGAGAGCACUCUCAGCAUUGCCAUUGGCAGUUCUGUUAUCAAUGGUUUACCUACUUACAAUGGGCUUUCAAUAGAUAGAUUUGGUAUAAAUAUCCCUUCACCUGAACAUCCAAAUACAAUUGACGUGUGUAAUACUGUUGAUAUAAAAACUGAGGAUCUGUCUGACAGCCUGCCACCUGUCUGUGACACGGUAGCCACUGACUUAUGCUCCACAGGUAUUGAUAUCUGUAGUUUCAGUGAAGAUAUAAAACCUGGUGACUCUCUUUUGCUGAGUGUCGAAGAAGUACUCCGCAGCUUAGAAACUGUUUCGAAUACAGAAGUUUGCUGUUCUAAUUUGCAGCCAAACUUGGAAGCCACUGUAUCCAAUGGACCUUUUUUGCAGCUUUCUUCCCAGUCUCUUAGCCAUAAUGUUUUCAUGUCUACCAGCCCUGCACUUCAUGGGUUAUCAUGUACAGCAGCAACUCCGAAGGUAGCAAAGUUGAAUCGAAAACGAUCCAGAUCUGAAAGUGACAGUGAGAAAGUUCAGCCACUUCCAAUUUCUACCAUUAUCCGAGGCCCAACACUGGGGGCAUCUGCUCCUGUGACUGUGAAGCGGGAAAGCAAAAUCUCUCUUCAACCUAUAGCAACUGUUCCCAAUGGAGGCACGACACCCAAGAUCAGCAAGACUGUACUUUUAUCUACUAAAAGCAUGAAAAAGAGUCAUGAACAUGGAUCCAAGAAAUCCCACUCUAAAUCCAAGCCAGGUAUUCUUAAAAAAGACAAAACAGUAAAGGAAAAGAUUCCUAGUCAUCAUUUUAUGCCAGGAAGCCCCACCAAGACUGUGUACAAAAAACCCCAGGAAAAGAAAGGAUGUAAAUGCGGGCGUGCUACUCAGAAUCCAAGUGUUCUUACUUGCCGCGGCCAGCGCUGCCCCUGCUACUCUAACCGGAAAGCCUGCUUAGAUUGUAUUUGUCGUGGCUGCCAAAACUCCUAUAUGGCCAAUGGGGAGAAAAAGCUGGAGGCAUUUGCGGUGCCAGAAAAGGCCUUGGAGCAGACCAGGCUCACUUUGGGCAUUAAUGUGACUAGCAUUGCUGUGCGUAACGCAAGUACCAGCACCAGUGUAAUUAAUGUCACAGGGUCCCCCGUAACGACAUUUUUAGCUGCCAGUACACAUGAUGAUAAAAGUUUGGAUGAAGCUAUAGAUAUGAGAUUCGACUGUUAAAUCAGUGGGUCUUUAAACCUACCCCUUGGUAGGAAAUAGCUACAGUUUUACGGCAGCUAUGGUUCUGUUGGUUUAACUUGCCGGAGCUCCUGCAUAUAGAUCACUUGUAUCAAGUGUUUUCAUUGCUAAGUUAUAUGUGUUAGUGUCGGGGAAAUAGUUUGCAGAUAAUGGAGGAGUAACCCUACAACUAUAUGUUCUUAGUUCUUACAGAACCUCAUAGUUUGAGAACAAAUGCUGAUGCAACUGAUUUAUACAAAAUGAACUUUGGCAAGGAAAUAACAAUAACCUCAUUGUUUAUGGUCAUGCUUUGUGCAUAAUCAAAGUUGAUGAUUAAAUGUAAGGAAGUGGUAUCUAGUCAGUCCAUAAAGAUUGUGCUAAUUUUUUUGUGGAAAAGUAGCCAUUAGUUUUAGCAGGAGACUUUGUGCUGCCUUCAGAUGCUGCAUUGAUAUUUCUCCUGUUGAAAAGCUGAUGUGUCCAGCCCAACCUUUGUGCUGACAUAAUACCAUUUCUGAUCAUGAAAAUUGGCUACUGGCAUGUAUGUAGCAGUUUUUAAAUCAGCAGUAUUAUGAAAGAAAAUUUCCCCCUCAUUAGAAUGUUUAAGAAAUCUGUCUUUUAAAAAAGUGAACAAAUAAAUUCUGUCAGACCACAAAUGUUAAGCUGUUUAUGCUUUAAAUUUUUAUGAGUUCAGCCUUCUUUCUAGUUAUCUGAUUCACUUCUAUGGAAAAUCCUAAGUCCUUUCACUUUGAGCAAUGUUCUAUUUGGUAAAUAAAGUGAAGAGCUGUUUUAUUCUGAAUAUAAUUGAAUUUAUAUAGUUCAUGACAGAAUUUUUAAAAAACAUAAAAAGAAUUUAAAAAUUGGGUUUUAUUUAAAGGAAUUUUGGAAUAAUGCCCCAGAUGUGCCCAGAUUUAUGCAUUAUACUUAUUGCCAUUGACAACUUCUUUAUUUAUCUCCUAUUUGCCACAGGCUUUACCUUGAAUAUGCUCCUUUUUUUUCCUUUUCUUUCUUUCUUUCUUUCUUUUUUUUUUUUUUUUUUAGGGUGCUGUUCAAAAUGAAGGCUUCUUUAUCAAGGCCUUAAUAAAAAAUGCCUUUAAUGAAGCCUGUGCAUUUAGGUGGGUCUAAAGCUCGGAGGAUUUUCUUUAGAAUGCUCUUUUGCAUGUAAAGCACAAACUUUCAGUUUUAAUGACUUCUUCCUAUUAACUUUAUGGGGAAGAUAAACAUUCUGUUGACGGGAAGUCUAGUCAGUUGCUUGAAAGAGCACAGCCCAAGUUAAACAAGGACUGACUAGGGGGAGAGAGAACCUUGUGAUUUCCAAGAGUUGCUGCUUUGGCAGUGCUUAUUUUAAGACAAAUACUGCUAGGGAAGUUCCAGUUUCUACUGCGCUCACCAUCCAGUGAGAUCUGAUGUGUUGAAGUUGUUUUGAUUUGGCACACAGCAUGUUCAAUGAUGGUUACUCGCCUCAUAAAGACAUGGAGAAGAAUCCUUUGGACACAGAGCAGAUGACACCUCCUGUUUUGUAGUGUAUCCUGGUGUCAUUGUCUGUGGAUGUGGUCAGGUAGUUGUUUUGUUGUUGUCAUUGGGCUUUUUAAAAAAACAAAAAAAAACAAAAAAACAAAAAAAAUUUUUGGUCUCUUUUGGUGGGGCGGGGGUGGGCUAAAGCCAUAGGAAGAAAAAUGUGAUGUAUGUGUCCAGUAUGUACGAUUUUGUUUUUGUUUUGCAAGAAGAGUUGAACUAUUUUUGAUAACAAGAGUAAAUGGUGGAAAAUGCUUCUUA